GUCCGCUGUGCGAUGUGGAUCGCCCAAGCAGUGGUCAAGGCUUCAAGCAGUCGUCUCUCUCCCCUCGUGAUUCUUCGGCCCUGUGCAUGUCGCAUCUGCUGGGCCACGAGAGUUGCCCUCUUCCAGCUUCUCCAGACCACUGACCGGCUCGUCGUGCUCAAUUGCACUGCACCCUCGCCCAUCUGUCACCGUGUGGUCUGAUCUGUGCCGCGCCUGCCGCAAAAGUAAACAUCAACACAUCAACACAUAGACACAACAAGCCCGCUCGAGCCAGACCUCCCUCCGCCGAGAUCAGAGACCGUCCAUGUAGAGCACAUUCAACCCAUGGCCUUCUAACGAGCCGGCUACGACAAUCCUGCCACCCACUCGCGCGCAUUCCUACCCCCAAAGUGUCUCCUCGCAGAAAAUGGGCAUCCAAGGGCUUCUCCCAUUGCUUAAAUCCAUCCAGAAGCCGACGGAGCUCAAGAACUUUUCCGGCGAGGUCCUUGGCGUUGAUGCUUAUGGCUGGCUCCACCGCGGUGCUGUAAGCUGUGCCAUAGAGUUAGCCCAGGAAAAACCCACCCGAAGGUAUGUCGACUUUGCCAUGCACCGCGUCAGGAUGGCCAAACAUUUCGGUGUCACCCCAUACCUGGUUUUUGAUGGCGACUUCCUUCCCAGCAAGGCCCACACCGAGGCAGCGCGGGAGAAACGUCGCGAGCAGAGUCGAAAGGCUGGUCUCGAGCUGCUCAAGGCCGGCAAGCCAUCCCAGGCCCAGCUCGAGUUCCAAAAGGCCAUCGACAUCACCCCGGAGAUGGCCCGGCACCUCAUCGACGAGCUGAAGAAAGCCCAUGUACCGUAUGUGGUCGCCCCGUACGAGGCCGACUCCCAAUUGGUCUACCUGGAGCGGCACGGAUUCAUCAACGGCAUCAUUUCGGAAGAUUCUGAUCUCCUGGUCUUCGGCGCCAAGCGAUUGCUCACCAAGAUGGACCAGCACGGCCAUUGCAUUGAGAUUAAUCGGAAGGACUUUUGCGCCGUGCGUGAGAUAUCGCUCACUGGCUGGACCGAUGACCAGUUCCGCCAGAUGACCAUAUUCAGUGGUUGUGACUAUCUCGAAGGCAUCAACAACAUGGGCUUAAAGACAGCCUAUCGGAUGAUGCGCAAGUACAAGACGCCGGAGCGCAUGAUCCGGAUGCUGCAGUUUGACGGCAAGUUUCGCGUCUCAGAGAAUUAUCUUGCCCAGUACAAGCAAGCGGAAUUGACGUUCCUGUAUCAACGCGUCUUCUGUCCCAAGAAAAAGGACAUUGUUCUCCUGACCGAGCCACCUGCUUCAUCGCCGUUGGAUAUCGAGGAGAUGCCGUACAUCGGCGCCAGAGUCGGUCGGGAGCUUGCCAGGGCGAUAGCAGUGGGAGACGUGAACCCGAUUUCCAAGCUGCCUAUUGUCGUCGCUCCACUGCCGGGCGGUAGCAGGACGCAUAACACGACACGGCCACCGCCCGUGACAGCUGCGCCGGCCCAGCAGAAUAAAACGUCUUUGGGAAAGCCCAUUGACGCGUACUUCAACGAUAAUAGACGUAUCGCCAUGGGAGAGAUGGAUCGCAACUGCUUCUCUCUGGAUGCCCGAAGAGUGGCUGCUCUCACGCAGAACGGGCUGACGCCCAGGGUCUUUCCCCUGCCCAGGCCGUACAUUGAUGGGAGCACGCGCACCCCGGCGGCUCAGCCAUAUACUUCGAUCCAGCGCCGCCGAACGGAACCGAUCUCCCAAACACUUUCAGAUCUCAUCCCAUCCCUGGGUCAAUCCUCGAAUCGUCGAAGGACAGCUGGCCCGACCAGACGAAUAUCCGUCACUGAAGACAGACCACUCAAAAAAGCUCGACUCUGUGCGGACGAAAAAGCAAGCGAGGUGGCAGAUCAGUCGCCUCAGAAAAGCAAGUUCUUUCCUCCUGUGCAGUCCGCCAAGCAACAUCAGACCUCUGAUGAUGCUCCUCUCCUGUCGGAUGACUCAAUCGAGGAGGCUCUUAUGAGCUUGCCUGAAAUUGACGGGCAAUGGGGCAAAACAAGGGGCCCGAGAGGAAGUGAGGAACUGCAGAUCUUCCAGGACGCAACCUGCUCAGAACCAUCAGUCGUCCCAGAGGCUCGCGAGGUCAAAGGUGACGACGAUAUCAGAGGUCGCACAGUCAAAUGCCACAAGGUUUCCGAACCUGAUGGAGACAAGGAGCGGUCUGCAGGAAACGCCAGGGAGAAUGGAGCGGGCACCGCGGAGUCUUUGCGCGGCCUGAUCAAAGAAUUCUCGUGUACACCAGAUCUGCCGAAGACAGCAAACAAUACGCGCAUGGCUUUUGGACUUGCCACGCCGGCAUCCAGCGCCCAGGGCUCAGAGUCGAAGCAACCAGUUCGUUCGACAGCGUGUACUCCGAUUCAAACACCUUUACAACGUAUGGGUGUCCAGGCCCUGCAGCGGGGCAAGGGCGACCGUUCGCCUUUCCCAAAAUUGAAGCCAUCCGCUGCAGCUCUGAGAAGGCGGCACAGUCUGAAGGAUACUUUAGAUUUGUUGCCAACCAACCCCGCUUUUGUGCCGUUGCCCAAGGUCGAUCUAGCAGAGGUCGAGGCUCUGAACAAGCCUGGCGGCAGCGAGGAUCAAAUCAUCCCAGAUGGUGACGAGGAGAAUGAUCCACCGCUUGGAUUUGUCGAGGAAUCCCACUACGCAAGCAACCGACUGGACCUAUCGAGAUUUGGGUAUGGCUGAAAUGAAUCCGCUUGGCAAGCAAGGAGGCUGAUGUGUACGGGUAUGCGGCUAUAUACGGCAGGGCCCAGGUGUCAUUCUCGGGAGAAAAGUGUGGCACAGACGCUCGUGGGUUGACGGGUACUAAAGCAUAGCGUUAGGAGUUUUGCGGGUAUUGCUUGGUUGAACAAGUACAUGGCAAUAUUGUAUCAUGCUUAUGAAUUGACAUUGGAGUCCUGGAAUUCGUGGACGGGCAGAUACAUGAUGAGGGCCGGAAAGAACAGAAAUGCUCUUGAUCUUAACGUUCCACCCCCAGGGGAAAGAGUUGAAUUAUGUUGUUCAUGUGUCUUCAAGAGCGUGCGCUGUCAUCGUUUUGUGCUAUACUGCUGUUUCCGAAAUACACUGCAAAGCUGCCGCUGGAAUAUUCAGUACGCUACGGCAUGUAAAUUCUCGUGCACUUGGG